UAUUAGACUAAUGACUAAUUAAUAUGUAUAUAGACAUCUCAAUAACAUUAGGCUAGGACUGUUCAUCAGAGUGUAUAUCUGUUAUCUGAUCAUUGUAAUAUAAUAAAACGUGGCAAGAAUGAGUAUGUUCAUUGUUAAAGAUUAUUUUCGAGGAACUUGAAGUGGGGAGUAAUUAUACCACAUUUAUAAUUAUUUCGAAAAUGGCUCAUUCAAUUAAGGUUGGAAUAAUUGGAGGGACAGGCAUGGACAACCCUGAUAUCCUGAAAAAUAGGUCAGAUAAAGAAGUAACUACCCCUUUUGGUUCUCCUUCGGAUAAACUAGUUUUGGGGGAGAUAUGUGGAGUUCCCUGUGUUCUGCUGUCCAGACAUGGUAGAAACCACAAUAUUUUACCUCAUCAAGUCAAUUAUCGAGCCAAUAUUUGGGCCUUAAAACAAGAAGGCUGUACUCAAAUCAUCAUCUCGACAGCUACAGGUUCACUUCGUGAAGACUACAAACCAGGCGAUUUGGUUAUUUUAGACAAUUUCAUUGACAAUACUCAUGGCAGGCAUCAAACCUUCUAUGAUGGUACUUGCAAAGAAUUCGAAGGUAUUUGUCAUAUACCCAUGGAACCACCCUAUUGUGAUAAGUUGAGAAACGUGAUAAUCAAAACAGCAAAUAACAUGGAUAUACCAUAUCAUCCUUCAGGAACUAUUAUAGCUGUGAAUGGGCCACGGUUCUCAAGUAAAGCUGAAAGUCUUAUGUUCCGUCAGUGGGGCGUUGAUGUAAUUUCAAUGACAACAUGUCCAGAGGUUGUCUUGGCUAAAGAAGCUGGUAUCAGUUAUGCAGGGAUAGCUCUCAUUACAGACUAUGAUUGUUGGAAACCAGAUGCUGAACAUGUUUCACAUGAAUUAGUUUUGAAGAUUUUCAAGGAAAAUAUUGAAAAAGUUGUAAAACUCAUUUGUGCAACUGUUGAAAAUAUGAAGAAAGAAGAUUGGUCCGAGAAAAUCAAAGAAAACAAAGAAUUUGUUAAGAACAGUAUUUGGAAAUGAUGAAGACUUCAUGUGAUCUAUUGCCAAUAAGUUCUUUGAAAAGUAUUGAAAUUUCAUUAUGAAUAAAUAUAUAAUAUAUUUUUGAAUUAGGUAUAAUACAUAGGCCUAUAACUUUA